AUGAUGCAACCAAAAUGUUUAACUGUUGAAAAAACAAGAAAUUUUCGUUUAUUAUCAAAUAAGAAAAAAAUUAUUCAUGUCGAUCUUAAAAAAAUAACGAAUUGUUUCGAAAAUUUAUCAAACGAACUGUUCUAUGAAAUUUUUGAUUAUCUUGAAGGUUAUAAACUAUACAAAGCAUUUUCAAAUCUGAAUAGUCGAUUUCAAGCUUUAUUAGCUUGUUCAUCUCUUCGAUUGAAAAUUGAUCUGCGUUUUUAUUCAGAAGGUACUCUAGAAUAUUGUGCUAAUUCCAUUAUCGCUCCAAACAAAGAUCGUAUUAUUUCACUUAGUUUGGCUAAUAAUAUUCUUUAUCAAUUAAAUUUUACUAUAUUUAACAUCGAUGCAACAUUCAAUCGACUUGAGUCACUUGUAUUAGAAAGUAUCAAAUCUAACGAACUCAUACCUCUUCUCAUAAGCUUGAUCUCUUUACCUCGAUUAUCUUCAUUGGAAAUCUAUUAUAAUGAAGAUAGCAAAGAACUUAGCAAUAUUUAUCAAAUAGUUUUUAACUUUCCUAUGUUAAACUAUUAUAAAUUGUCACUGUUUGUAGCUGAAGCAUCUUAUCCUCUAUCAAUAGCAACUAACGAACAAUUUAGUACAAUUAAAUAUUUGAUUAUCGAUCAUUGUUGUAGUUUCGAUGAGUUAAUUACUAUACUUUCGUAUACACCGCAACUUUGUCGUCUAACUUGUGAACAAGUUAAUGAAUCUGAUGAUAACAUUGUAGAAGAUGCACUUAAAAUGAUAUGCAGUCUGAAACGUGUUUCAUUUGCUAAGUUUUAUGCAGAAUUUGACGAAUUAGAAAUGUUUCUCAGAAAAGUAUCACCUCACUUAGAAGUAUUAUGUUUCAAUAGUUGCAAUGAUGUAACUUAUUUGGAUGCUAAUCAAUGGGAACGAAUUAUUUCAAAAUAUUUAUCUCAUUUAAACAAGCUCGAAUUUAAAUAUGAAGAAUCGAUUGAUGAAGAAUUGGUUACAACUAUAUAUCAUGAAAACCUUAAUGAGUUUAAAUCAUUGUUUUGGAUAAAACGACAAUGGUUUUUUAAAAUUGCUAUCGAUACAGAUUUUUGGGACAAUAAUAUUAUUGUCUACACCAUUCAUUCAUACAGCAAAGAUGGAGACAUCUUUGAGAAAUAUAACGGCAACGAUCAAAGUUUCAUUAAUGAUAUCAGUCACAAUAUGAUAGAAAAAAGUAUUGCUCCUGAUCAACCAGAGUCCAGUACUUCUUCUACAAUGAUUUCUGAAAGCAAUCAUUUAAACAUCAUUGAUCUGUCAUAUUUUCAGCCUAAUGAAACUUAUUAUGAUAUGUUGAGUCCCAUUUUAACCAAUUUAUCAAUUACCUGUUUAAAUAUAACACUCAGUACGAUUUUCAUUGGUACUUUAAUCGACUUCAUCAGAUGUUUGCCUAAUCUUGAUUCCUUGGUUAUUUCAUCUUUAGAAAUGUUACAACCAAGAUGUUUAUCUAUUGAAGAAACAAGAAACUUUCGAUUAUUAUCAGAUAAUAAUAAAAUUACUAAAGUCAAUCUUAAGCAAAUGAAUGAUUUGGAAGAAGUUCAAUUUUUUCUUGAUCUUUGCCCUCGUAUGACAUAUUUCGAAGUGAAUUGUACAGAUUAUGUUGGUCCUGAAAAUGUUCUACGAUUUAUUUUAAUGAAAAACAUUAGAUAUAUUCGUAAUUUAUCUUUACUUUGCUUGAAAGUUUCACGAACAAAUCUGAACAUCGUCGACAACUUAAAACAUACAAUAGAUUUUGAACAAUUAUGUCAUAAUUAUACAAUCAAGCAAAUCGACAACAGAAUUUAUUUAAGAUUAACUUGA